UUUACAGCAAUUUACCAAAAUUUUACAAUUUUCAAUGCUUGUGCUGUGAUAUUUCCUGUUUUGGAACUCUUGUUGAUUUGUAGUUAUGAAAAAGAUUCUCUUUGCGCUUUAAAACAAUAUGACGAGCCUAAUAGAAAAAAUCGAGAAGUUAAUCAAACGAGAAAAAACCACUCCCGAACGGAAGAAGGACGAAACAAGUAAAUCUUCAAGCGAAAUCCUUUCGGAACUCUUCAGCGCUUUUAAUGCGGCACCACCGAAAAUAGAAGAUAUUUCAUCAAAAAAAUCCAAAAAGAGUAAAAAGAAGGUAAAAAAGGAGAAGAAAAAGCGAAGCCGGGAUUCGAGUAGCAGCGAUUCCGACAGUGACUACAGCCACAAAAGAAAAAAAAGAAAGAAAACAAAAUCCAAGAAAAGUAAGAAAGGCGAUCGUUCACGCUCACCGUCAAAUUCUAGAACUCCGCCUAGGAUAAAAGCUGAGCUUCUCGAUAAAAAGUUAAAAAAAGAGUCUGUAUCCGUAAAGGAAGAAAAAGUUAAAUCCGAAAGACAUUUCAUUGUUAAGGCUGAACCUAAGUUAGACACAUGCGUUAAAGUAGAAAAAAUCAAACUGCCCGAAGAUGGUAUUGAUACUAGCCUCAUACCAAUGCCAGAGUCACCCAAGGACUUGUCAAAUGACUCAAAAUCCGAUAAAAAGGACCAGGCUGAAAAUGACAAACUAAAAGGAAAAAUUCAAAUAAAGAAUUUAAAGUUCAGUGCCGUAUUCGAAGAAACUGUUAAGAAGGCAGAAGAGGAGGCAAGGAAAAAGGCUGAGAAGACAGAAGAGGGCGAAUGUACAGAUUCUUCUAGCAGCUCGAGUAAAGACGAAGAAUCAAAUUCUCAGUUCCCAAAAUCAGCAGACCCAGGUGGGAUCUUGAAAAAAGCAGCUGAUCAAAUAAAAAUUGUUGAAGAUGGUAAAAACAGUAAAACUAAGAGCAGCGAUAAAUCUAAAUCAUCAAACAGAGAACACAGCAGAUCUAGAAGACGAUCAAGGAGUCCAUCCAAAACAACGUCAAGCAGAAAGCAGCGUCAUCGUUCCCGCUCAAGGUCAAAGCGUAGGAGUCGUUCACGGCACCGCUCUUCAUCGAGAUCCAAACGUAGAUCUAUAUCCAGAUCUAGACAUAGAACAUCAAGACAUAUCUCACCUGUUAGACAUAGGAGUCGAAGAUCCAGAUCUCCCACCGGUGUCAGACUAGCGGACAGCGAGAAGAAACGUCUGCUAGAGGUGGCCAGACGUAACGCUAUCAACAUGCUCAAAAACGGCGCCGUGCCGGCCGGCGCCGCGGCUCUACCGCCUCACACUAGGAACCAAGUUAUGGCGGCGAUACAGUCUGGAGGUAAAUCAGUGGACGAACUAACAGACUUCUGCAAACAUCUGUCCAAGAAAGAGGCGUUGGGUGAACUAUCAUCAGUGUCUUCUAAUGAUGGUGACAUGAGUGAGAAUGAAGACACUAUAGCCUUCCACCAUCCAUUCUUGGUUAAAGAGAAAGCACCUAUUGUGAUGAAUAUAAGAGGUGGUGCACCUCUCCCCAUCAAGUCGACCCUGCCCGUAGCCAAUAAAGAGGAACUCAGGAUCCAAUUCCCCGUGUCGUCCGGUACUCAACACCGAGACAGCGCGAGCGAAUGGGUCCCAGUGUCGCCUAAGAAGGAUAAUAUGCAAGUUGCAAAGUUAAAUUCGAAACCUUCAAAAAGUACUGCGAUCACUCCAAGUGUUACUACAACUACUGCAUGCAGUGAACCGCUUGCCUUACCUGCCCCGCCGACUGUCGCUAUUCCAUUGAAGAGUUUUACUUCUGGAUCCCAGCUGAACACAGUGCCCGCUAUAGCGGCGCCCGGACCACAAGCUUACCCACCAGGCAAAGAACCGGCUAAAAUCGACCUGGCAUCAAUAGUCUCCCAAAAGCUGUCUAUGAUCCGCAAAGAGCAAGAACAAAAUGAACUUACUACUAACACUUUAGGUUUCGGCUGGAGUUCCGGAGCCCUGCCUGCUCCGACCACAUCAAAGGGGCUAAGCUCCAAACGCUUAGGGCAGUUUACUGGAUCCACUGACGCACAACUACUCACACCGAGAGAGCUAGCCGGCGGCGCACAUGCAUGGGCUAAGAAGGACCAACUGGUACGUGCGGCGCCUGUUGAGGGUGGCAGGGGUUUGCACCUUCUGCAGAAAAUGGGUUGGACCCCUGGCCAAGGGUUGGGUAAAGAGGGUACGGGAACCCUCCAGCCCUUACUGCUUGAGGUGAAACUGGACACCAGAGGACUGCAGGCCAAAGAGGAGGUGCAAGGGAGACACGCAAAAGGAGCCAAGGUGCCGAGGAUAGGACGCCGGGGGCCCGCGCCGCUCAUCGCCGGCGGCAAACACCCUGUGUCGCUACUCGGAGAGUACUGCUCUAAACAUAAGCUCGGCCCGCCAGAGUAUAAUCUGUGCUUCGAGUGCGGACCGGACCACAAGAAAAACUUCUUGUUUAGGGUUAAAGUAGCUGGUGUGGAGUACCAGCCAGCGAUGGCCAGUGCAAAUAAGAAGCAAGCCAAGGCCGAUGCAGCACAGCUAGCUUUGCAGAAGCUCGGCUUGGUCACAUGAAUUGAUUUUACUGAUAAUAAAUUAUUAUAACAUU